UAGCGCCAGCCUGUGAGAUCGACGAGGAAAUAUAUAGGGGCGCAGCUAUUUGGGUACGUGAUGGAGUUGGUGGGGGAGCUACAACAUGGAGAUACUUUCUGUGACACGGAAGACGACGUCUCGCAGGCAGAGGAUGAUGGGAAAGAUGAGGAAGACGUGGUCAACUACUGUGCUAAGAUGUGUGCAAGGUGUGUGGAUUGGGAAGUAGAAAGUGAGAUGAGCCGUGAAGUGGUUGUGUGGGACAGGGAUGAGCAUAAGGGAGGGGCUGGCAGGUGGUGGGAUAACCUGAUGACGCUCUCUUAUCAGGUCGACGCUGAGAGUGUCGACGUUGACGGUGACACUUAUCCGCAUCAGGGUAGUGGAGACGAGGCAGGUGGGUGGGAGGUGGAGCUGGGGUUCAUGGCAAAGGCGGUAGUUGCGGUGGCGGAGCGGCAAGGAAUGGGCGUGAUGGGCGCGAAGGGUGAGAAGGAUGACAACAACAACAACAACAACGACAACGAGCAGGGAAUGGGCGAAACGGACGAGACGGGCGUGAAGGAUGAUAACAACAACAACAACAACGACGGCGACAACAAUGAGGCGGGCGAGAAGGAUGACAACAAGGCGGUAGUUGCGAUGGACGAGCGGCAAGGAGUGGGCCCAGAUGACAACAACAACAACAACAACAACGACAAUGAGCAGGGAAUGGGCGAAAUGGACGAGACAGGCGUGAAGGAUGAUAACAACAACAACAACAACAACAACAACGGCGGCGACAACAAUGAGGCGGGCGAGAAGGGAGAGGAAGGAUGACAACAUCAACAACACUGACGACGAGCAGCCAUUGGGCGAAAUGGGCGAAAAGGAUGACAACAACAACAACAACAACGACAACGACGACAACAACAAAAACAACAAAACAAC